AUGGCCAAAGGACCAGUGAUCCCCGAGAACGGACGAGGGCAAGUCGACGUCGGCAAGACAGGUCGUGCAAAAUCGUACGCGUCGAGCAUGAAGAAUCGCAUUUCCAUUCCCGAGCGAGCGCUGUUUGGCCAGGGCAUGGUCCUCUCCGUGUUGUACCUCGGGUUCGCGACUGUGGUGGCCGUGAGCACGUACUACCUCAACAACAUUGCCAACACACCCGUCCUCUAUGACGUCGUCAUGCAAGCGUUCGACUACAAUCAAUGGGACGUCCCGGUCAACACGCUCCUCCAGGGAUUUGGCGACAUCAACAUGACGUACUCGUCGUCUCCUAUCGACAGGACGGUCUCCCUGAGCAACCUCCUCUACAAGGCGUGCGGGAUGAACGACCAGGGGUGCGCCGCCACGUUCCUUGGCGACACAAACCAGGUCUGGAUGGCCGUCGGGAAGGCGUUUUCGCUCAUUCCCAACUUUGACCAGCCCCUCUUCCAAGACCCGACCAAGCUCGUCAAGUUCAAGCACAUCAACAACCUGAGCGGGUGGAACAAAGCGGUUGUCCAGUUCUACAUCGAUGGCCACGACAUGGCGAUCACGUGCAUGGUGCGCCGCACGAGCUUCUACUUGAGCCAGGAAGCCGAGUCCACAGCGACUGUCGACUCGCUCGCGUACUGCUCGGAGCGCAAGUAUGACCCGAAAUGGAUGUGCGAGAACGAAGUCGGCCUCGACGUCAACACGUACGCAAUCCAGGUCAACAAGGGCGUCGCGACCUACAUCGGCGUAUGCAAACGCAGUCAGAUAUACCUCCACGCGGGCCACACGGCCCAGGUCACGGGCGGGCUGAGCGGCAGUCAGUUCAUUCAGACUGUGCCCGCCGUCAUCGAGUACAUGGGCGGGAUCAUCCAGGCGAGCGCGCCGUGGGACGUCCUCGGAGUGUCCCAAUGCUACACGUACAACUUUAACACGAACCUGGGGUGGCUGCUCCAGAUUCAGGGCGUCGUCACCAUGACGUGGAAGUGCGACUCGCUCAUGGUGACCAACUCGAUCGUGCUGUGGGCCAUGUCGAUAUACCUCGUCGCGCUCCAGCUCAUCUUCCUCCGUCGGAGCGUCAUUUGCAGCGUCCCGGUCGACAUGUCCAAGUCGAUUAUCGGCCUCGCGAUCCUCUUCGUCGCGUUCUACGGGAACGAAAACCUCCAGGCGCUGACGACGUUCCUCAUCCAGAACCCCGUCGGUGGCUUCCCGUCCAUGUUUUACGCGCUCUGCGGCCCUGCCCAAGUCGCGUCCAUCGUCGGCAUCAUGACUGGCACACUGAUCCAGAUCUGGUUCAACCCGCUCGUCGUGACGCAGACGUGGCUCGUCAUGCUCUUCAGCUGCAUCAACUGGAUCGACUUUGCGGCCUCCCUACCUCCACGAGCUGCUUGGUCUACAGCGCCAUCGAUCGAACGUACUACCUGUCGGCCAUCAUAUCCGGGGCCAUCGUGA